UGGGCAUGCCUUGCGAUACAGAUCAUGAUAGGGCCGAUAAGUCACGUCGCCUGGAUUUUGCUCUUCUGCCUGAGGAAAUUCUGUGCGCAAUUGCUCAGUCCGCGGCAAGGUGCAGAUGCAGUGUGGUGGCUAUGCGCAGCGUUUGCCGCUCCUGGAGAUCCGCAGUUCCUGCUCCUACCUGAGCGCCGUUGCUGAUUCUGUCUUCUGUGAGAUCUGACCAGCCAAUGGUCUUCUUGGCUGUGGUGGCAGGUUCAUUGCAGCUUCAGCAGAACCCUUUGUUCUUUCCACCAAGAGGUUCCCGAUGCUGGGGAAGCUGCAAUGGACUGCUCAGCCUUCGUGUAGCAGCAAGAACUGGAUUGACCCUCUGCCCCAACUGUGGACUGAGUUAUUCUUUGCCGGAGGUAGACGAGAACAUUGAUCUGAACAACUUCUGUGAGACCCGUCAGUUGGUCUGUACUUUUCCCGCAAAUCAUCCAGCAACAACAUGGUGGACGAAACUAGGUGAUGAACAGCAUUGGACAGGAUUUAACCAUGGAUUUGGAGUAUCUCCCAAAUCAAUAUAUUGGGACAAUGAGGAGAAUGCGGCAUGCAUUGCUUCUGCACCCUCUAGUUUGAUUGUGGACACCGUCUUUGAGCAGCGUGUACUACCUACAUCGGAUGAACUGCAGCAAGAACUUGAUGACCUGGGCAUUGAGCUUGAGUAUCCGGCGGCGCACGUCAUUCACAUUAUCCUUGAAGAAGACCCUUUGCUGGAGUUAUGGAACAAAAGAGGACAUCAUGUGUUCCGUGUUGAAGAGGAUAUAUAUAUGUGCAUCUUAUUGAGGAACACAGAAAACAAUAGCAUACAUGCUCGUCUGUAUGUCCUCAAUGUGGAUGAAGAAGCCUCCAUGAUACCAGCUGGUGACAUCGGAAAUAACGCGCUAUUCCUAGGAGCAAAUCAGGCGUUCGUACAGCUGCCAAUCAGAAUUUGCUUCCCAAUACUGCUUAUGUGGUUGACGAUGACGGUGCAGUUCGAGCCCCCCAGGUAGUAAGAAUCAACUUUGCCACUGGGCAACAUACGGUCAUGGAGUACCCAGCAAACAUUGGACCAGUAAACUCAUACAUGUCGCCCAGUUGGAUCGAGCCACUGCCAGCUGGUCAUUGCAACUAGAUCACUUGUCGUCGACCUGCCAGCAGCGGCUACGGCGAGACCCCAGCCUAUGAUGUGCUGCGACACCCGAAUGUUGAUGCGGAGUAGAGCAAGAUCAGAGCAGGAGUCCUUUCAGUUCACCUCUUCUUGAGUGUCAUCACCCUGGACACAAUGACAGCAGAACUGGAGCCUACUUUUGCAUGUAGAUAGAUAUGGGUUCAGAAAACUCAGCAGCCCUCGUGCUUCUUCUGCUAGCUAAACUUGCUCCGACCUCCUGACAGGACAGGGGGAACCCCUGUCUGUCUGUUUUGGCUCCGCUCUCCUUUUGGAUGAUGGAUGCAUUUUGCAUUAAUGGAGAAUGCAGUGGUUCUUGCACUGAGAUGAUGGUCCUGUAUUUCUUUUAGAUGAU